AUGGGAAGAAUCUUUGUGGUGGAGUUGGAGGGCAGGUGCUACAGAUGCAAGUUCUGCAGAACUCAUUUGGCCCUUGCAGAUGAUCUCAUCUCUCGGACUUUUCAUUGCCGGAGAGGAAAAGCAUACCUAUUCACUAAUGCCGUGAACACGACAACUGGACCACCAGAAGAAAGAAUGAUGCUUUCAGGAUUGCAUACUGUGGCAGAUAUCUUUUGCUGUUGCUGCGGUCAAAUACUUGGCUGGAAAUAUGAAUCUGCACAUGAGAAGAGUCAGAAGUAUAAGGAAGGGAAGUUUGUUCUUGAAAGAGGAAGCAUUGUUGAUGACAUUGAUUUUUCAACGGAGUUUUAUAUUGAUAGCCGCGCUAGCAUGAGUGACAGUGAAGAUGCUUAG